AUGGGGACUGAAAUGAAGUCAGCCCCUGUGCUGUCGACUGCUGAUGAUCGCAUCCUCGAAGAAACUACCCCCGUGGCAUCGCGCGACUCCGCCGCUCCGCUGUCAGACGAUGAACUUUCCAUUACUUACGAUAUCGAGCGCACGUUGAAGGAAAUUCGCCAAGCACGGUACAAGCGCAUCGCUCUCCAGUUCCCGGAUGACAUGCUUCCCGAUGCCCCGAGGGUAUUCCAAUUGCUCAGCCGGGGCCUGGAACGCGAGGAACCCAGCACACAGCCCUCGACCCAGACCGAUGCUAGCAGCGCCGACGCCAGCCUCGCUCAUGCCGUAUCCGGGCUUCAGGUGGAAGACAGAACGGGACAAUGCUCGCCUCGGUUGACAAUUUUGGCUGAUACAUCUUACGGGACUUGCUGUGUCGACGAGGUGGCGGCCGAGCAUGUGGACGCAGAUGUGGUUGUGCAUUAUGGGAGGUCAUGUCUGUCGCCAACCGCACGGCUCCCAGUGAUCUAUGUUUUCACGCAUAAGCACCUUCCUUUGGAGCCUGUAGUACGAGCUUUCAAGGCGACUUAUCCCGACCCAGCUACCAAGGUGGUCAUUGCAGCGGACGUUACCUACGCGGACCACGUUCCUACAGUUUAUACCCGCUUGGUUGAAGAGGGAUACAGCAACCUAUAUGCCACAGAGGUUGUUCACGAUCCCUCAUCGUCAAUUCCCAAUCGCACAGUCCCCGAGUCGGUUCAACAGGCGCCUGAGACGCUGUCCGACUGGCAACUGUUUCACAUCUCGGAUCCGCCAACCGCUCUCAUGAUGACCCUUGCAUCCCGCGUUUCCGCGAUCCAUAUCUAUCCCACCGAUGACCUAUCAAAUGAAGACAUCAAGCCAUUGCCUGCGUCUACUGCUGCGGUUUUGCGACGCCGCUAUGGCACGCUUGCCUCUUUGACGACCGUACCUAUCUGGGGCAUUCUUAUCAACACACUGAGUGUCAAGAAUUAUCUGCAUAUUGUGGAGCAUGUCAAAGAGCGGAUUGCCGCAGCAGGCAAGAAGAGCUACAUGUUUGUGGUUGGUAAAUUGAAUGCUGCCAAGGUAGCCAAUUUCAGUGAGAUUGGUGGUUGGGUGGUCAUUGGCUGCUGGGAAAGCUCUUUGGUGGACAGCAAGGACUUCUGGAAGCCAGUUAUCACCCCUUUCGAAUUGGAGCUGGCUUUGAAAGACGACGCAGACCGGGUGUGGACAGGAGCGUGGCAGAGUGACUUCCAGGCAGUUCUCGACGCACCAGCGCAGGAAGUCAAUGAGAAUAGCGAUGACCAGGAGAUAUCCAAUGGCGCAACCAUGUCCGAUGAGGACGACAUGUCAGAACCCGAGUCGGCACCCCCCGAGUUUGACUUCCGCACCGGUCGAUACGUCUCAAACUCCCGUCCGAUGCGAGAACCCGCGCCUCGCGCUUCCCAGGUGGAUGCGUCAUCGACCAGCGGGCCAUCCGCUGCUAGGGCGUUGGCGCGACGAGCCAAGGGCGAUUUGGCUAUGAUUGGCGGUGCCGUUUCACCAGGAGCAGAAUUUUUGCGGUCGCAACGGACAUGGAAGGGUCUGGGAAGCGACUUUGAUAUUCGCUAUGAUGACGAAGAUUCAGAGGACAGCACCUUGGUCAAAGAAGGGCGCAAGGGUAUUGCGAGGGGCUACACUGUAGGCGAUGCAACCGACAAACAUUAG